AUGGACGAUCGCCAGAUGUCAGCACAGGUACAAGUGGAGUUGUCAUCCAAAUCAGUGACUGCUGCUCUUCGGACCAAAAUGACAAUAGAGGCUCAAGCCACAUUACGUGAACAAGAACGCAAAGAACGUGAACAACGCUUGGCCACUCUCGACAAUUAUCUUUUAAAAAGUACGUUAUCGGAAAAAGAAAAGAUCUCUCUUCGGCAAGAACUUGCAGAGAAAGAGUCUGAGUACAACAGAUGUAAACGCGCAAAAUUGAAAAAGUCGGAUUUUGAAACAAUCAAAGUGAUUGGGCGGGGUGGGUUUGGUGAGGUUCGUUUAGUCGUGAAGAAAAACACCAACAUGGUCUUUGCCAUGAAACUCAUGCGAAAAAAAGAUAUGAUUGAAAGAGGGCAAACGGGUCAUGUGAAAGCAGAACGAGAUAUUUUGGCUCAAACACACUUUACCAAUGAUUGGGUAGUUAAGUUGUUCUAUUCAUUCCAAGACGAUGAAACUUUAUACCUUCUUAUGGAAUAUCUUGGUGGUGGAGACAUGAUGACCCUUCUUAUUAGAGAAAACAUAUUUUCGCAUGACAUGGCACGGUUCUAUACUGCGGAGUUACUUAUGGCUAUCGACUCGAUUCACAAAUUGAAUUAUAUCCACAGAGAUAUUAAACCGGAUAACAUUCUCUUUGAUAACGCUGGUCAUAUUAAACUCACUGAUUUUGGAUUGUGUACUGGGUUCCAUAAAGACCAUGAAAGUACUUACUUUGAUAUGGUUGAGCGUGCUUCUAAACUCAAUUUGGCAGAUUUAAAGACUCAACGCUUCGACAAAGACUUGGCACAUGACUACAAAAACAAAAAAAGGAACUUGGCGUAUUCUGUUGUUGGUACACCAGACUAUACCGCACCUGAAGUCUUUUUACAAAAGGGGUAUUAUACAGAAUGCGACUAUUGGAGUGUCGGCUGUAUUUUAUUCGAAAUGCUUGCAGGGUAUCCACCCUUUGUGUCAGACGACUCCGUCCAGACGUGUCUUAAAAUCAUUAAUUGUACAGAGACUUUGCAAUUCCCAGAUGACGUUGAAAUAUCACCAGAUGCUCAAGACUUAAUUAAGAAGCUCGUUUGUCCAAAGGAAGACCGUCUGAGUAACUUGGAAUUGAUCAAGAAACAUCCAUUUUUCAAAGGAUUUGAUUGGGACAACAUCUUCGAACAGGCCCCACCUUAUAUGCCCAAAUUGAAAAGUCCAUUCGACACAAGUAAUUUCGAUGAGUUUGAAAUGCACGAGGAAGAAGCGGAAGAGGUCGAGCAUUCCGGGAAAGAAAAGCCUAAGGAUCUUGCUUUCGUCGGAUACACUUAUAAAGGGUUCUUGAACGUAGUGAACUCUCCUUCAAAGAAAAGACAUGCUUCAGGCGUCACGCUCUCACAAAUCUUUUCAACUCAUAUUGCUAAUUGA